UGCCCUACUGGCCCUAGUGGCUGGCCACCUAUAAAAGCUGGCCCCAUCCCAGUAGCGGUCAGUUCACUCCGAGGACCAUGAAAUUCCUGACGGUAUUCGCAUUCGCCUGUGUGGCCGCGUUUGUGGUGCUCCACAGCGCCUACGGCUCCCCCCUGCCGGAGCCCGUUCCUGAUCCCAGUCCAGUGGCCGAUCCCAAGCCCAAGGCGGAGCCAUCGCCCGACCCCGAGCCCGUAGCUAGUCCCAAGGCAGAGGCGAAUGCCAAUCCCUUGCCAGCAGCUUCUCCGGUGGAGCCAAAGGGAGCCCAGACCGCCGGAGGUGAUGCCAACUUCGUGGCCCUGUCCGCCAACGCGGACCCCAUGGUUCCGGCCCCAGGAGCUGCGGCUCCGAAAAUGGACGAGGCCCAGGCUUAGUCGGGGAAUCACCCAUCUUUGAGGAGCACCAGCAGCAGCUAAUCUAACUGGAGCCUGCACAUCCGCACACAAGGAGACACACACACAUAUAUCUUAAUCUCCGGUAUUUAAUGUAUGUUUGCAUUUAUGUAAUCCAACCUUCAGCAUGGGCAUUAAUAAAAUUGCAAAAAAAAGGUGA